UCAGUGCUCUUGUAUUUAUCUCACUGCUGACACAAGCAGAACCAGUUCUCCCCAGUCUCUCUCUUACUCAGCACACACUUUCUAGCUGCAAAAUAUCAUGCUCCUGUGUGUGUAUAUCAUACUCCUUGCUGCAGAUCUGGGCUCUGAUGCUGUGGUUAGUGGCUCAGUGGAGAAGACAGCGGCCCCAGAGAGCUGCUCCCAGAUGAAGCUGAAACCUGCUGGCCAGUGCAGAAAUGAAGAUGAGUGCCCUUACCAGAUCACCAUUCCUCCUCUCACCAUCCAACUGCCCAAGCAGUUCCAGCUGCUGAAGAAGGCCAUGAUGGAUUUGCAGAGCAUGAAGGAGACAGUGAGGCAACUGAAAAGUGCCUGUCUAAGCUGCAGCCUUCAAAGGGACAGCUCAGAGACACAGCACAGGGGAGAUGGUGGAACAACCACACCCAGAAAUGAGAAUUCGAGCGAUGCUUUCCAAGAGAUGCAAGCGAAGAUAACCAAGAUGUCCACCAGCUUGAAGAACGCUCAUACACGGAUUAAAGAUCUACAAGGACAGGUGGAGCAGCUCAGCCACCUUAAAACGAAGAAUGUUAAAGAAAUGAUGGGCCAAAAGGCUGACAACAACAGUGAAAUAUUCCCCAAGUUCAACAGCAGCUGCUUGACUGAGUGCCCUGCGGAAAAUGCACCAAUACACAUCAUAGCACCUAGAGACUGCUCAGACUACAGUGUCAUGAAGAAGAUGAAGAAUGGAGUCUAUAAAGUUACCCCUGAUUACAAAAAUGGGACCUUUGAGGUGCUCUGUGAAAUGGAGUCCAAUGGUGGUGGCUGGACGGUUAUACAGCACCGAAUCGAUGGCAGUGUGAACUUCAAUCGCACCUGGGCUGAAUAUAAGAAUGGCUUUGGGGACUUGCGUGGGGAUUUUUGGCUUGGAAAUGAUCGUAUCCAUCUGCUCACCAGGACCAAGGACAUGGUGCUGCGAAUUGAGCUUCAGGACUUGUAUGGUGUGCAAGAGUAUGCAAAAUACGACGAAUUUUAUGUAGCAAACGAAUUCCUUAAAUACCGCCUGUCCAUAAGCAAAUACUUAGGGACUGCUGGUGAUGCCCUGCAUAUCAACAAGGACUACAAUCAUGAUCAGAUGUUUUUCACCACAUGGGACAGGGACAAUGAUUUGUACUCAUCUGGAAACUGCGGCGCUUACUAUGGAUCAGGCUGGUGGUUCAAUGCCUGUAUGUCGGCUAACCUCAAUGGCAAAUACUACCACAAGAGGUACACAGGGAAGCGAAAUGGCAUCUUCUGGAGCACAUGGCCCAACACACCCAAGGAUCAGUUCCUGACCAACAACAGACAUCCCUUCAAAACUGUCAAGAUGAUGAUAAGGCCAAAGAACUAUGCCCCGUAAGUUAAUAAGAGCAUUACUACAGAAAAGGACUGUCAGAUAAUAAAGCAUUCUAUGUUUAAAAUACAAGUUGUUCAGGACAAUUCAUUUUAAAAAUGAGAAAUGAACAGAGGUGCAAAUUAAAAAAAGAAAAGAAAAGAAAAAAUCCAAAAUCCAUCCAGUGUGUAAUACUGCCAUCUAGGUACCGUGCAAAUAGAACAA